AUGUCCGAAUCGACCGAGACGAACGGCGAGAACAUGCACAUCGACCCCAGUCGCGCGAAGCUACUGGCCGAGAACAUCGGCCACGUCUACUCCAGGAUCCAGAGCGUGAGCAAUGGCAGAAAGGUCCGCCUAAUAGCCGUCUCCAAACUCAAGCCCGCAAACGACAUCCUUGCCCUGCACAACAGCACGCACGCCCAACGCGACUUCGGCGAAAACUACGCCCAAGAGCUCACGGAGAAAGCAGCACUCCUUCCCAGCUCUAUCCGGUGGCACAUGAUCGGCGGGCUGCAAACGAACAAGUGCAAACCAUUAGCAGAGCAAGUCGCCAACCUGUUCUGCGUAAGCAGCGUCGACGCCGCGAAAAAGGCAGACGCGCUGGAGAAAGGCCGCGCCGCGCUGGCGGAGAAGCAGACGCUAGAGCAGAAGUUGCGCGUGCUCGUGCAGGUCAAUACGUCGGGGGAGGACAGCAAGAGCGGCGUCGAGCCCGACGAGGCGGUGCAGUUGAGCAGGCACAUCCGCGAGAAGUGUCCGCAUCUGCAACUCGCGGGUUUGAUGACGAUUGGGGCUAUUGCGCGGAGCCAGGAGGCUACGACGCCAGAGAGUGUGAAUGAGGAUUUUGUGGCGCUGCGCGAGGUUCGGGAUCGGAUUGCGGAGCAGUUGGGCGUGGACAAGGCGGAACUGGAGCUGAGUAUGGGCAUGAGCUCGGAUUUUGAAGCGGCUAUCUCGCAGGGCAGUGAUGAAGUCCGAGUCGGGACAACGGUUUUUGGGGAUCGGCCUGCGAGGAAGGAGGCUCAGAUCGUGUCUAAUGGGCAGUGA